UUUUUUGUUGUUGUUGUUGUUUGUUUGUGUUGGUUUUUGUUUCAAAAGAACUGCAAACCAGACAAGUUGAGAUCACAUUCUUUCUUAAGUCCCAGAGUCUCCAUACUCCUCAAAAAACUCUUCUUUUUCAUCCGGACAAUAUUGGUUGCGUGAAUUUGUUAUUGCCUUAUUUUUUUUAGAGCGAGUUUUCUUGGGCAAUAGAGGACCACUUCUUUGUGAGUUCUAAAAGCAAACAUCUUUGUGAAACACUAAACCCAGUUUAAUGGUGAUUCAGAAGAAAAGGAAGUAUUUUUCUGAGAGAGAACCAGAACCAUUUAUGGUAAAGUGUUGGUGUUAUUUCUGUUGAGGAAAUCUCUGAGAGAGGGUUGUGUUAACUAUUCGUCUCACUCUUUUUUCCAAAAUGGGUUCUGGUUUCUUUGGUCUAAUACUCGUUCUGGGACUGUUUUUGAAGCCUUUGUCUUGCCAACAACAGCAACAGGAGCAGCUACAAAAUCCCAAUUCAGAUGGGUAUUUUAUCUCUGAGUUCUACAAGGGGAUGGGAUUAACUUCCUCAUUGUCUCAAAUCUAUAACUUCUCUCUGCCUGUUUGUUCAUGGCAAGGAGUUUUUUGUGAUGCUAAAAAGGAAUAUGUUGUUGAGUUGUUAGCUUCUGGUUUGGGCCUUUCUGGUUCAAUCCCAGAAACCACUAUUGGGAAGCUAACCAGGCUUCAAACUUUGGAUCUUAGCAACAACAAAAUCACUGCCUUGCCUGCAGAUUUGUGGAGCUUAGGCUCACUAAAGAGCCUUAAUCUCUCUUCCAACCAGAUUUCUGGUUCCUUGCCAAACAACAUUGGCAAUUUCGGGUCCUUGGAAAGCCUUGACAUUUCCAGCAAUGACUUAUCUGGCGAAAUUCCUGAAACUACAGGUUCUCUUGUCAGUUUAAAGUUCCUUAAACUCGGCAGGAACCGGUUCGAGCAGAGCAUUCCAUCCGGGAUUCUAAAUUGCCAAUCACUGGUUUCGAUCGAUCUUUCAUCGAAUCGGCUAACCGGUUCUCUUCCAGAUGGUUUUGGCUCUGCAUUUCCCAAUCUCAAGACUUUGAAUCUUGCAGGCAAUGAGAUUCGUGGCCGGGACUCGGACUUUCUGGAGCUGAAAUCCGUCACAACUCUCAACAUUUCGGGGAACUUGUUUCACGGUUCGGUUAUGGGAGUGUUUAAGGAGGUUUUGGAAGUGGUAGACUUGAGCAGAAACCAGUUCCAAGGUCACCUUUCUCAGGUACACUUCAACACUAGCUAUAGGUGGCCUCAUUUGGUUUAUCUAGACUUGUCAGAGAAUGAGCUUAGUGGAGAAAUUUCACAUGCAUUGAACUUGGCCCAGAAUCUCAAACACCUUAAUCUAGCUUGCAACAGAUUCGCUAGGCAGGAAUUCCCAAAGAUUGUAAUGUUAUUGGAUUUAGAAUACCUUAAUUUGUCUAGAACUAGUCUCACUGGUCAAGUUCCUGCUGAUAUCUUACAAUUAAGUUACUUGCAUACACUUGAUCUUUCUGAGAACCAUCUUGUUGGCCAUAUCCCAUCACUGAGGGUGAAAAAUCUCCAAGUCCUUGAUGUCUCACUCAACAACUUAACCGGAGAAAUCCCAGUUAUGAUUUUAGACAAAAUCCCCUACAUGGAAAGGUUCAACUUUUCUUACAAUAACUUGACCUUUUGUGCAACUUCUAAAAUUGCCCCUGAAAACCUCAGAACGGCUUUUGUUGGGUCAUUAAACAGUUGUCCCAUUGCUGCGAACCCGGUUCUUUUCAAAAGACAAGCUCCCGGGCACAAGGGUCUCAAGCUUGCUCUAGCUUUGGCCCUCUCAAUGGUGUGCGUGCUUGCUGGAUUGCUUUUCCUGGCAUUUGGUUGCAGAAGGAAAAACAGGUUGUGGGCCGUAAAGCAGAAUUCGUAUAAAGAAGAACAAAAUAUUUCUGGCCCCUUUUCGUUCCAGACCGAUUCUACCACAUGGGUUGCUGAUGUUAAGCAAGCAAACUCAGUCCCAGUAGUGAUUUUUGAGAAGCCAUUGUUGAAUAUCACAUUUGCAGACCUCUUGUCUGCAACCUCAAACUUCGACCGAGGCACCCUUUUGGCGGAAGGUAAAUUUGGGCCUGUUUACAGGGGAUUCCUACCUGGUGGAAUUCAUGUAGCAGUGAAAGUUCUUGUCCACGGCUCUACAUUGACAGACCAAGAAGCUGCAAGGGAGCUCGAGUAUCUUGGUCGAAUCAAACACCCGAAUCUUGUGCCACUGACUGGAUACUGCUUAGCUGGGGACCAAAGACUUGCUAUUUAUGACUACAUGGAGAAUGGGAACUUGCAGAAUUUACUCCAUGACUUGCCACUUGGAGUUCAGACAACCGAAGAUUGGAGCACAGAUACAUGGGAGGAAGAUGACAAUAAUGGGAUUCAAAAUGUUGGUUCUGAAGGGCUGCCAACGUCGUGGAGAUUCCGUCACAAGAUUGCACUUGGCACUGCACGAGCGCUGGCGUUUCUUCACCAUGGUUGCUUCCCAUCAAUAAUUCACAGAGAUGUAAAAGCUAGUAGUGUUUAUCUGGAUUACAACUUGGAGCCCAGAUUGUCUGAUUUUGGAUUGGCUAAGAUUUUCGGACAUUGUUUGGAUGAGGAGAUUGUUCGUGGAUCCCCGGGGUACAUGCCUCCAGAGUUAACAAAGCCAGAAGUCGAAUCACCAACCGCAAAAUCCGAUGUGUAUUGCUUCGGAAUUGUUCUUUUCGAGUUGAUUACUGGGAAAAAGCCGAUUGAAGAUGAUUAUCCUGAAGAGAAAGAAGCAACUCUGGUUGGUUGGGUUAGAGAGUUGGUCAGAAAGAACAAAGCUUCAAGAGCCAUUGAUCCGAAAAUUCGUGACUCUGGACCGGAAGACCAAAUGGUGGAGGCCCUAAAGAUUGGCUAUCUGUGCACAGCUGACCUUCCUUCAAAGAGACCUAGCAUGCAGCAAAUUGUUGGACUUCUUAAAGAUAUUGACCCAACUGCUAGUCAGUGAGGAACAAAAUGGUUUAAGGAAAAAGGAAAAAAAAAAAAAAAAAAAAAGAUUUGGAGUUUAUUUCUUCUUCUUUUCUUUGUUUGUUCUUUCUCUUUGUUAAAUUUCGCUCUAUGAUGAUGCCAUGGGGAAAAUGUAUAGUAUCCUGGAAACUCUGUUUUGAACAUUAUGCCUUUCUUCUAGGCCAACGUUUUUGGUGCA